CAGGCUUUCUAGCAGAUGGAGAGUUUGGAUAGGCGUACUAGAGGAUCCCAGAGCGGGCUGAUCAUGUCUCUGUCGAGAGCUCUCAGAUGUUGUCAGAGGAUUUUCUCCUGGAUUCCUGUCAUCAUCAUCUCCUCUGUGGUUCUCUGGUCUUACUACGCGUAUGUCUUUGAGCUGUGCUUCGUGACCCUCAGUAAUGAUCUGGAGAGAGUGGUGUAUUUGUUGAUCUUUCACGUGUGCUUUAUAAUGUUCUGCUGGACCUAUUGGAAGGCCAUCUUUACCCCACCAUCUACACCAUCUAAAAAGUUCCAUUUGUCAUACAGUGAUAAGGAGAGGUAUGAGAUGGAAGAAAGGCCGGAUGUUCAGAAGCAGAUCCUCGCAGAUAUCGCCAAGAAACUUCCCAUCUUCACGCGCGCUCAGUCGGGAGCGAUCAGGUUCUGUGAUCGCUGUCAGGUGAUAAAGCCAGACCGCUGUCACCACUGCUCCGUCUGUGAAACAUGCAUUUUGAAAAUGGACCACCACUGUCCGUGGGUGAACAACUGUGUGGGUUUCUCCAACUAUAAGUUCUUUCUGCUGUUCCUGUCGUACUCCAUGAUCUACUGCGUGUUCGUCGCAUCGACAGUGUUUCAGUACUUCCUCAAGUUCUGGGUGGGAGAUCUUCCCAAUGGUCCUGCGAAAUUCCACGUGCUGUUCCUGUUGUUUGUGGCGCUCAUGUUUUUUGUGAGUCUCAUGUUCCUGUUCGGCUACCACUGUUGGUUGGUGGCUAAAAACAGAUCCACGCUAGAGGCGUUCUCCGCGCCAGUGUUUCAGAACGGGCCUGACAGGAACGGCUUUAACGUUGGGCUCCGCAGAAACCUCCAGCAGGUGUUUGGAGAGGACAAAAAGCUCUGGUUCAUUCCAGUGUUCACAAGUCAGGGUGAUGGGCAUUAUUUCCCACUGAGGACCCUGCGGGAGUCAGAGAACCCUUUACUGGCCAACGAGGAGAAAUGGAUGGAGGACGGUGGGUCAGAUGAAGAAAGCGCAGAUGAAAAUGGCCCUUCAGUUGUUAUUAGGACGGAUUCAUAAUCAGUGGAGCGGACUGAUAUUCGUGGGAUCCCGAUUGACUUUAGCCUCAUGAGUAGUUUCAGAAUCAAUCCUGGAAUGAGACGACUGCAUUCCGAAUCCUGGAUCAAAUCCCGGAGUUCCCUGUCAUGCUGAUUACUUAGGACUUGUGCUGAAUGUUAUCAAGUAUAUCGCUCAUCUUUUACACGGGACAAUCAGGUUCAGAUGUCACAGACCUGUUGGACUGUUUAUGAUCGUGCUUUUAUGAGAACAGAUGGACAUCUCUGAUCAAAUAUGAUAAUCCAAUAUCUAGUUGGGGGUAUUUCUCGGAUGUUUCUGUUACUUUUUUGUUUGUUUUCUUCACAUAAUGAGAUAAAUCUGUAAACCCCAACAUGUCCAGAUCAUACUUCACCCCGGAAACAAAGUGAGACUGUAUUAUAUAGCAGGCGUUGCUUUAAAUUAGGCCUGUUUACAAUAUAUGAUUUAUGAUCAUAUUAAUUUGAAUAUUUAUAUUUCAAAACCUGCAAAAAAGCCAAACCUUUAUUUGUAAAUUGUGACGUAUUUAUACUUCUUGGUAGUAUUUGCUAUCCUGCCUUUAAUCUUUAAUGAAAAGCAGUACAGUUCAGCAAUAAAGAGAAUUUAAUAAAUAGUAAUAACCAUUGAGAAUCAAAAUCUCUGGAUGCAUCACAGUUAUGGGAACUGAAGCUUAAAAUGCAACCAUAAAAUUGGUUUCUUCUUUAUUAUGCACGGUAGAAUUAAUUUGAUGAAUUUCCUUUUUCUUUUGAUUUUGGGGUGAAAUGUGACAUGGACAUGUGUGAUGACAUUCACCCAGAGCUCUUCCUCUCUGUGUGUGUGUGUGUGUGUGUUACCACCAUUAAUACACGUUUUCAUAUUGAGUUGGUAAGACGUCAAUCCUAUGCAUUUAUCCACUAUACAGUAUAUCACUGACUUGAGCUGACAUUUUAUUGAGCUUUGAGUUUUAAUUCUUAAUGACUGAUUCAGACUGAGACUUGUUUUCUGUGCUCAAUAGAGAGCAGUCUGGAUUUUCCUUCUUUCUUUUCCAUUGUGAUGCAAUAUAAAUCAUUUUGAUACCUCUCUCUGUAUAUAUUUAGGAGUAUAGUUUAGGACAUGUAAAACCUAAUACGAGAUCUGUUUAAUGUAUUACUGUAAAUCCCAUGAACACAUGAGGAUGAUGUCAGACGAUAGGACUGUCCUGUGAAAACUAUUGACUCGUUUUCCUCUAGUGCAAAAGAAGUAGGUAUGGCUUUGCAGUAUGGUGUUGUAUUCUAAGUGGGUGAGUAAUUCUUUUGAGUUUAAAGUUAGUCUGUUUGAAAGGUAUGUUUGGGUCCUGUUUGCGUGAAAUUGUAAUUGAUCUGCCUGUCAUACGGUUCUCACUCAUGAGGAUCCUUAUUAUUAGCCAAUGCUUCUCGUUUGAUUUGCACUGACCUUAAUCUGAGGGAGAUCUUUGCCUCCUUUGACUGUGUAUGCGCUCUAACUUCUCUUUAACUCCAUAUCCACUACAUCGAAGUCAUUACAUGCCAAUGUUUUUCCCAAUGGUGCAAAAUAUUGUAUUGUUUGUAAGUUCUGUCUGAUGAUUCAAUAAAAUAAAUAAAUAAA